CUUACAGCGAAAAACCCUAUUUGUAACGACGAAACCAAACAAUAACAGCGACAUACACACACGGAGCAUUAAUUCUCAAACUCAAAUCUCCGCGUCCAUGACUUACCGGACACUGACGUCGCUCAACGAGCGACGAGACGCCGUCAGGGUUCCGCCGGGAUCCUACAGGUCUCUCAAGACCUUCCCGCCGGAGCGACACUCCGGCUUGGUUCGCCGGCCCGGAGGCCUCAUUAACGUCCCCGGAAGGCUUGCCUCGGCGCCGGAGUCUCCCUGCAGCAGGCUGACGAAGUUGCUGCUCAACGUGACCAUCGGGAGGAGCUUGGGGCCCGUGCAGGUGGUGAUUUCGCCGGAGAAGACGACCGGUGAUUUGAUAAAGGCCGCGCUGGAAAUCUACGCGAGGGAGAAGAGGAGGCCGUUGUUGCCGGAGACUGACCCGCACCGUUUCGAGCUCCACUACUCGCAGUUCAGCUUGGAGAGUUUGAAGCGAGAAUCGAAGUUGAUAAACUUGGGGUCUAGAAAUUUCUUUCUGUGCUCAACUCCAUCCACCUCCAUCGGUUCUUCUUGCUAUGAGGAAGCCAAGAAGACAACGAUCACCUCAUUUCCAUUGACAAAGUUGAUGGAUUUCUUGUUAUAGAUAUAAUUUUUCCUUCUAUUUAGGUUGUAAGAGAUUCUUCGGAUUCAAUCUAUUAAAUUAAUAUGUCGUUAGAAUGUGUGAUUCUCCUAUACAAUUUUUACAGGCAUUUUAAAAAAUUUAUGUGA